AUGGGUAUCUCACGAGACUCUCGCCACAAGCGCUCCGCCACCGGUGCGAAGCGCGCCCACUACCGCCAGAAGCGCGCCUGGGAGGCCGGCCGCCAGCCCGCCAACACCCGUAUCGGCGCCAAGCGAAUUCACACCGUCCGUGUCCGCGGCGGCAACACCAAGUACCGGGCGCUCCGCCUGGAUUCCGGCAACUUCUCGUGGGGCUCCGAGGGCACCACCCGCAAGACCCGCGUUAUCGGUGUCGCCUACCACCCGUCCAACAACGAGCUGGUCCGCACCAACACUCUGACCAAGAGCGCCGUCAUCCAGAUCGAUGCGGCCCCCUUCCGCCAAUGGUACGAGGCCCACUACGGCCAGGCCAUCGGCCGCAGACGGCAGCAGAAGCAGGCCAAGGAGGCUGCUGAGGAAGUGAAGAAGAGCAAGAGCAUCGAGGCAAAGCAGGCCGCCCGCUUUGCCGCCCGCGGCAAGGUCGACCCCGCGCUGGAGAAGCAGUUCGAGGCCGGUCGCCUGUUCGCCGUUGUCUCGUCUCGGCCCGGCCAGUCCGGCCGGUGCGACGGCUACAUCCUGGAGGGCGAGGAGCUGGCUUUCUACCAGAGGAAGCUGCACAAGUAA